AUCUCUAAUGAUGUUUCCGUAACAUUUCGUCUCCUAAUGAGAGUAUUUUUGCUGUCAGUGGGCGGGACUUCCUGUGCUGGACGCUGUGUUUAUUUUUUUGCAGAGCCAAAAUAUCGUCCACAGAGGUCUCCCUUUCAUAGUACAUCUUUCACCAUGCCAGACUUCUCAGUGAUUCGGAGCUGCUUCCUGAGUUGCUUAUUAGCGCUUCUCCAAACAUCAGGCUCCCAGCAGGAGGAGCAGAACCAGCUGCUCCUGGUGUCUUUUGAUGGUUUCCGCUGGGACUAUAUCAACCGAGUACCUACACCCAAUUUCCACGCCCUUAUGGAUGAGGGUGUGCUGGUGGAGAAAGUGGAGAACACCUACAUCACCAAGACCUACCCCAACCACUACACGUUAGUGACAGGUUUACACGCUGAAAGCCAUGGCGUGGUUGCAAACGAAAUGUACGACCCCAUUCACAACCGUUCAUUUUCCAUUGAGGGUCCUGAAGUGUAUGAUGCGUGGUGGUGGGAGGAGGCAGAGCCGUUGUGGGUGACCAAUCAAAAAGCGGGACGGAAGAGUGGAGCUGCCAUGUGGCCUGGAUCGGAUGUAGCCAUUGGUGGAACAUUCCCAACGCAUUACUUGAGGUAUAACGCAUCAAUGCUCUUCGAGACCCGAGUCCAGAAACUCAUUGAUUGGUUUUCAGGACCGGAGGCUAUCAAUUUCGGUGUCUUAUAUUGGGAGGAGCCAGAUGAGAGUGGGCAUAAUUUGGGGCCUGAGAGCCCGCUCAUGGAUGUGGUCCUCGCAGACAUUGACGAGAAGCUGGGAUUCCUCAGGGAGAAGCUCAAAAGUGCUGGACUUUAUGACAAAGUCAAUCUGAUAGUGACGAGUGAUCAUGGAAUGACGCAGUUAUCUCAUGAUAAGAUUAUUGAGCUGGACACGUACGUUAGCCGAGAUCUUUACACGUGGAUCGACAAGAGCCCGGUGGUUGGCAUUUUACCCAAAGAAGGCAAACUCGAAGAGGUCUACGGUUUAUUGAAGAAUGCAAACCCUAACAUGGUCGUGUACAAAAAGGAGGAAAUCCCAGAUCAUUACCACUACAGACACAACGCCAGAAUCAUGCCUCUCAUCAUAGAGGUCAAAGAGGGAUGGACCGUCAUGCAGAACAGGAACGGAUCUUUUAUGUUGGGAAACCAUGGUUACAACAACAGCCUUCCCAACAUGCACCCAGUGUUUGUCGCCCGCGGACCUGCUUUCCGCCGCGACUACACCAAAACCUCCAUGCGCUCGGUCGACCUCUAUCCUCUCAUGUGCAGCAUUCUCGCUCUCAAGCCCUUGCCCAACAAUGGCUCUUUGUCCAGCGUUCAGGAUCUGUUAGUGGAAACCUCCACCCCAAAGCCAACAGUAACGCCAGUUCCCAGAGGGCCAAUGGUACCGCCAGUUCCCAGAGAGCCUUCCUACGCCUGGGCUGUGGGAUGCAUUCUGGGUGCUGGCCUGGUCAUCGGGUUCCUCUUCAUCUUCGUUAAGCAGGUGACACAAAGGCAGCUUCCGCCAUUGUAUUUGUCCAAUAGUGAGAUCACGCAGCCCUUACUGUAAGCUCACUUUACUCACGCCAGGUUCUCCGGUAUGUAGCACUGAGCUUUUCUCCAGUGAUACAGACCUUUUUUGAGUCUAAAAUCAUUCUGAUGACACUUUUUAAGAAGAAAAGCAUGGUCGCUUGAAGUCAGAAGCGAUCAGUGUCCAUGGUACCAUGCCAAAGUCGAAUAUACCAAAAGCAAUAUGGGGAACAAUGCUACAGUGGAGAAAGGCUGUGCAAUUAUAUAUAUAUAUAUAUAUAUAUAUAUAUAUAUAUAUAUAUAUAUAUAUAUAUAUAUAUAUAUAUAUAUAUAAAGUUAGUUCACCCAUAAAUGAAAAUUGGAUGUAAUUUAUGCACCAUCAGGGCUUUUAAGAUUAAGGUAGAACAUGGAAGAAGGUUUUUGGUUGAAACUGUGGUCCUUGGUGAUUCUAGUUCAGUGUUUCUCAACCAUGUUCCUGGAGGAGCACCAGUACUGAUGUUCUGGAUGUCUCCUUGGUCUGUCACACUCAUUUCAGGUCAGCUUACAAGCUGUUGAUCUGAAUUAGGCGUGUUUGGUUAAGGAGACAUGGAAAAUGUGCAGAGCUGGUGGUCCUCCGGCAUAGUUAUGAUGAGAAACACUGUUCUAGUUAGUUUACCGACACUUUAAGAGUCAAAAACAAAACAAAACAAAUUAUAUAUAUAGGAAAAGCUAAAUGGCAUUUGUUUUUAUAAGACCUCAGUGUAUCGCCUGGAGCCACAAGAGUUUCAUAACACUGCUUUAUGAAGCUAUGAAAUAUUUACAAAUCUUUUUCUUUUUUUCGGAUCAGUGGUUCGGAUCGCAUAUCAAAUAAUCAUGUGAUCAAGGUCAUGUGAUUUCAGUAAACGGGGCUUUGUCAUAUCAUGACUUUUUCCAAAUGUUUCAAAAAAGUUUCUUUGAGGUAUUACUAAGAUAAUAGUUUUUACCUUAUCUCGGAUUAGUUUUCCGAGUUUGUAGACGUUUUAAUAAAGCAUUUAUAAAAUAAAAAAAGAUUUAAUGUGACCG